CAUCCGACCACUGUGAACUGUCUGAAAAAAGCAGUCUUUGAUAAAUGAGAGUAGAAGGACAUUGACUCUAAAAUGAGUUCUCCAUCUGCUGAAUCAAGCCGUGAUGAACCCAUGAGGAAUCACCCCUCUGAAUUCAGUGAUGAAACCAUGACCUCUGACCCCAGUAUCAGAAAAAAGAAGAAAUGCAGUUCAAAGUCUUCAGAUCCCAGUGGUGUGUCUGUGAAGAGUGCCAAAUCAAUGGAGCCACCCCUUGUUUUCAGUGAAGGACCAGUGACCUCUGUCACUCCCAGGAGGGAAACAUGUGGGCCAUUCUUUACAUCUCACAAUCAGGCUCAGAUUAUGCAGGACAACACUGUAGCAGCCCUACAGACACACACAAUGGAGACUGGAGACCUGCAGAGAGUAAAAGACCAGCUCAAAACCAGCAUGAAGAUCAAGUAUGAGAGAUUUUUUGAGGGAAACAAACUCCAAGCGGAUCAAACCUUCCUGAACAAGAUCUACACACAGCUGUUCAUCAUAGAGGGAGAGAGUGAAGGAGUGAAUGAAGAACAUGAGGUUUUACAGAUGGAGAAAACAGCCAGAACAAAACACUCACAAGAAACUCCAAUCUACUGCAAUGACAUCUUUAAAGCCUCACCUGAACCAGGACGUGAGGAGAAACACCAAAUCAAGACUGUUCUUACUAAAGGCAUCGCUGGAAUCGGAAAAACCGUCUCUGUGCAGAAGUUCAUUCUGGACUGGGCCGAGGGAAAAGACAAUCAGGAUGUAGAUUUCAUGUUUGUGCUUCCAUUUCGAGAGAUGAACUUGAUCCGAGAUCAUCAGUACAGUCUUCACAGACUUCUGCUGGACUUUCAUCCUGAACUUCAAGAUCUGGACUCAAAGAUUUAUGAGGAGUGUAAAGUUGUGUUCAUCUUUGAUGGUCUGGAUGAAAGCAGAAUCACACUGAUGUUUUCAGAUGAUCAGAAAGUUUGUGAUGUGACUGAGACUUCAUCAGUGGGUGUGUUGAUGUCAAACCUCAUGAAAGGAGAGCUGCUUCCCUCUGCUCUCAUCUGGAUCACCUCCAGACCAGCAGCAGCCAAUCAGAUCCCCUCCAAAUACAUCAACCGUCUGACAGAAAUUCAGGGAUUCAAUGAGUCUCAGAAGGAGGAAUAUUUCAGGAAGAGAAUCAGUGACCAGCAUCAAGCCAGCAGAAUCAUCUCACACAUCAGAAGAGCAAGAAGCCUCCACAUCAUGUGCCACAUCCCCGUCUUCUGCUGGAUCUCAUCCACUGUGCUUCAGAAGCUCCUGAAAGAAGAUGUGAGUGCAGAAAUCCCUCAAACUCUGACUGAAAUGUACAUCCACUUCCUGCUGAUUCAGAUCAACAUGAGGAAUCAGAAGUAUGAAGAGAGAGAUCCAGAGAAACUCCUGCAGUCCAACAGAGAAGUGAUUGUGAAACUUGCUGAAGUGGCUUUCAAACAGCUGAUGAAGGGCAAUGUGAUGUUCUAUGAGGAGGACCUGAUUGAGAGCGGCAUAGACAUCACUGACGCCUCAGUGUAUUCUGGGAUUUGCACUGAGAUCUUUAAGGAGGAAUCUGUGAUUCAUCAGAGGAAAGUCUACAGCUUCAUUCAUCUGAGUGUUCAGGAGUUUCUUGCUGCUCUCUAUGCAUUUCACCAUUAUGUAAUGAAACAUAUUGAUACAUUGAAGUUUUGUGAUGUGAUACAAAAUCUGCAUAGAGAUGCAGUAGAUAAAGCCAUUGAGAGUAAGAAUGGACAUCUGGAUCUGUUCCUGCGGUUCCUGCUGGGCGUCUCACUGGAGUCCAAUCAGAGACUCUUACAGGAUCUACUGACACACACAGAGAACAGCUCAGAGAGCAUCAGGAGAACCACACAGUACAUUAAAGAGAAGAUCAAAGAUGGACAUGGACUCUCCACUGAAAGGUCCAUCAAUCUGUUCCUCUGUCUGCUGGAAGUGAAAGAUCAGCCUCUGUCCAGAGAGAUUCAGGAGUUUGUGAAAUCAGACAAACACUCAGAGAAGAAACUCUCUCCUGCUCACUGCUCAACAAUCGCCUACAUGCUUCAGAUGUCAGAGGAGGUGCUGGAUGAGCUGGACCUCAAGAAAUACAACACAUCAGAUGAGGGGAGAAGAAGACUGAUACCAGCUGUGAUCAACUGCAGAAAAGCUCUUCUUGCUGGCUGUAAUCUCACUGCUCAGGAUUGUGAAACUGUAUCAUCAUCUCUACAAUCCUCAAACUCUGUUCUGAGAGAACUGGAUCUGAGUAACAAUGACCUGCAGGACUCUGGUGUGAAGAUUAUUUCUGAUGGACUGAAGAGUAAAAACUGUCAGCUGGAGAGACUGAGAUUGUCUGGCUGUAUGGUGACAGAGGAAGGCUGUGGUUAUUUGUCUUCAGCUCUGAGUUCAAACCCCUCACACCUGAGAGAGCUGGAUCUGAGCUACAAUCACCCAGGACAAUCAGGAGUCCAGCUGCUCAAACACAAACUGGACGAUCCAAACUAUAAACUGGAGAUACUCAAUUUUGACUAUGGAGGACUUUUCAGAAUCAAACCAGGAAUGAGAAAAUAUGCCUGUGAUCUCACACUGGAUCCAAACACAGCACACACUCAACUCAUCCUGACUGAAGGGAACAAAAAAACAACAUAUGUGAAAGAUCGUCAGCCGUAUCCUAAUCAUCCAGACAGAUUUGAUGACCGGGAACAGAUCCUGUGUGGAGAGAGUCUGACUGGACGCUGUUACUGGGAGGUUAAAUGGGAAGGCUCAGGUAAUGUAGCGAUUACAUAUAAAGACAUCAGCAGGAAAAGUGGAAUUCACAGUUCGUUUGGAUUCAAUGAAAAGUCCUGGAGUCUCAAUUGUUCAGAUACGACUUAUACUGUUUGGUACAAUAAUAACAGCAUUGAUGUAUCUGGCCUGUCAACCCACUCUAAUAGAGUAGGAGUGUAUCUGGACUGUCCAUCCGGCAUUCUGUCCUUCUACAGCGUCUCUGACACAAACACAUUCACACACAUUUACACAUUCAACACCACAUUCACUGAACCCCUCUAUGCUGGAUUUGGGGUUUAUCCUGAUUCUUCAGUGUCUCUGUGUCAAAUUUAACAACCUCGUGUGGGAAGACCAUUUUCACAUCAAAGCAAAACAAUUUAACAGCAUUUGCGAUUGUACUGUAUAUCUUGCAUUGGCAACUUUCUCUCUCACAAUUAUGACAUCUGUUUAUAGUCACAAUUGCAGGAAAUGAAGUUGCAGAUGUAAGCUGUAGUCACAUUGUAACAUAUGAAGUUGCAUUGUGAAAUGAAGUCAGAUUGCAAUAUAAAGUUGCAGUUCUGAGAUUUAAAGCUUCAUUGUAAUAUAAAAGGUCACAACAGAAAAGCAUUUCAAAUUAUGAGUUACAAGGUCACAAUAGCAAGGAAAUGAAUUAAUACAUUUCAAUAUAGUACAUAUGGAUAAUAUUAGUCAUUAUAUAGAGCACUAGGCUGUGAGUUUAAAGCUGUAGGAAUUUCUUAGUUGUGUUUUACUGAAAACUGUGAAAAUAGUGGUGUUCAGUGCAUUAGGUUCACCUUCUUUAAGCUGUGGAGGACAACUUCCAUAAGUGCAACUAAAAGAGAAACUGUGAAACUGUUUCAAACAGUAACACUGAACUGUAUCAUAGACUCUUUAAGUGUCAUAUGAAGAAGUCAAGCUGUUUAUUUAUUUAUAAUAAAUAAAAUUGUAUAACUU